GUAUAUUCGAUCUUCUACGUAGUUCGCUAUCCUCUGUAAACUGCUCGGAGACUUGUUCGACACACUCGUUCUUCUUAGAAAAGAAGGUGAUGAUUUGUCUAUUCGCGGCGUUUUCUCUUUUUUCUGUUCCUGGACCUUGACAGUUGCUCGUUAGUCACUUAACUUGUGAAGCAUUCGUUACGUUAUUGUUGUGUAUCUAUCAGUCUGUAUCAACGGGUUUGCGAAAGUCCCCGCCGCCCGCGAUCCGCCUGAGGCCACCGAACAUAAACCACCGACAUAUCCGCGACCGAAUGAGAGCCUGGCGCUGAUCAAUUGGUUUCAAUUGAGCUUAUUUGCCAUAGCUAAGCUUCGAACUGAGCUUUGAUCCGAAUAUGAGCGACCCGCCGCUUAAUGUCGCCAACGUAGACCUUGGUGACCUUGGUGAUAUACCAAAACCUCCAAAUCCACCUGUCCAAACCGCGAUCACCACCAUGAAACCUCAAGCUGAAAAGCCCAAGGCGGCUGCAGUGAGACCGGCGAUGCAAUCGCGCAGUCGCAGCUCCAUGAAUGGUCCAUUGUAUAUGCAAACGAGUAACAAUAAAGUCUUGAUUCGGAGAGUUAAGAGGAAAGAUGAUGGUCCUAUGAAGAGCUUAGCACGCUGGUUUCUAGAUAACCAGACGGGUCUCUCAUUCAACCUCAUCACUUUGGUAUUCCUCGCCCAUAUGUGCUUACCAAAAGCUCGCCCUCACACCUCCAAGUUCUUCACUUUGUCCUACUACAAUUCGGAAUCGGGCAAAUAUGCAAUCGGAUCAAACGAUUUACAUUUCAUCUCAUUCUGCAUUAUCCUCUUCACCGGACUCCGCGCUGGCUUCAUGGAACACCUAUUAGCGCCAUUGGCAAGGCACUGGGGAGUUUCUAAGAGGAAGGAGAUAACCAGGUUCUCGGAGCAGGCAUGGAUGCUGAUCUACUACAGCUUUUUCUGGUCUGCUGGUUUGUAUCUAUACGUUCAAUCUCCCUAUUUUCUAAAUAUGAGAGAACUUUGGACGGAUUGGCCAAACAGAGAACUCGACGGGUUCAUGAAAGCGUACAUGCUAGCCCAAUGGGCUUUCUGGUUGCAGCAAGUUCUCGUUAUUCACAUCGAGGAGCGCAGAAAAGAUCAUUGGCAGAUGCUUACUCAUCACUUCAUCACCGUCACUCUCAUUUCUGCAUCUUAUUGCUAUCACCACACUAGGGUCGGCAAUCUGAUCCUUGUUCUCAUGGAUGUAGUCGACUUGUUUUUGCCACUUGCAAAGUGUCUGAAGUAUUUGGGCUUCGCACGGUUAUGCGAUGCCACUUUUGGUGUUUUUAUGGUAUCGUGGUUCGUCGCUCGGCACAUAUUUUACCUUAUGACGUGCUACAGCAUUUACAAGGAUGUGCCCGAGAUGAUACCUACGGGUUGUUUUAAGGGUACCAACGCGAACUUGACUGGACCUUUCCCUAUCCCUGACGGAUGGAGUCAUUAUCUUGAGCCCUUCCGCAAUUUUGAGGGAACAAUUUGCUUCUCGAGCUCUGUACAAUGGGGUUUCUUGUAUUGCUUACUUGGUCUUCAAGUCAUAACCAUAUUCUGGUUCUUCAUGAUCAUUCGGGUUGCCAUUCGCGUACUCCAGGGCGCUGGUGCCGAUGAUACUAGAAGUGACGACGAAGGUGAGGAGGAAGAGGAAGAGUUUGAAUAUGAGGAGGCACAGCCGCUUGAGGAGGAAGUAGGCGUCGAGGCUAUUGAUUUUAAGGGAUGGGAGCGCCGGGCAGGCGUUAAAAGGGCCGCAAGUUCUUCUGGUGUCAGCCUACCUGGUCACAGCGACCGUAAAGAGUUGCUCGGUCGCAUCGGCUGCGAAAAACAGGUUGACUAAUCAGUUACG